UCAAAAAUCCAACAUGGAACUACAUGAUCUACCUGGGAAAAAAUCCGUUUCGUUCUCCGUAUCCACGAAACGAACUAGUUCGGCGAACACAUCCGAGUUUGUAACGGAAUUGAAACAAUUGCUUACUAACCGUGAGAAACAGGAGCUUAUUGUCGAUGAAAUCGAUUAUACACCCCGGCAAUUGGUAUCGGCGCAGGUCCACGGUAAGGAACCGCUUGAAUGGGAACGGUUUCAACCGUGUUUGCCGGACGGUGACGAGUCAAUCCCGGUUGCGAAAGAUUUACCCUCAGUAGUGGGUUUUGGAUUAGACGAAGAAGAGGAAGUUAUGGAAGAAACAGCACAGGCUGCCGACAAGGUGGAAACCUUCGAUCUGGACCAACAGCCGGAUUUCAGCGGUGUAAUCGAUCGACGCAGUCCAUCGUUGGAACCGGACGCUCAGACCUACCACGUGAAGAUUUUGCUAACGGAAACCGAUGACAUUAUCCUGUUCGAAAAUGCAAGUCACACGGUGACGAAAGGUACGAUGGAAGCAGUCACCGUCGAAGGACAGAAUGCAGCAUACGAUUUGAAGAAGACAAGCCGCAGAACGGCGGUAGCCGAAGCGGAAGCUCAAACACCGGAGUUGUUGCUCAAGUCGCGUGGAGUUAACACGGAGCGGAUCAUGAAGCAGGAAGUGGCCUCUUUUGUAUCCAAUUACGAUAUGUACGAUACCUAUAAUGAUUUAGAACGACACACAAAAGAGAUUGAUUUGGCGGAGGCUUCGUCAAAAAUAGAAAUAACGACCUAUUCGCGGGAAGGUAUGGAAGACAUCGACGAAAUGUUGAACAAGAGCAGCAAUUUCCAUCUGUCGUCGAUGAUUUUACAACGAUUGUUGGCUGGAAAUGUGUACCGUGAAAAGCAGAAGCGAUUCCGGAAUAUGUAUCUACCGGAUCCACUGGAUGCUAAUGUACAGUAUCUGUAUCGGGUAGCUACACUGUGGAUUUACAAGAUGGUUGAAACUAUAGGUAAGGCAGUGGCAUGCGCCAGCUGGUGUCCGGCGAAUGGAGAUAUUGUCGCAAUCGCAUACGGAAUCUACGGGUUUACGAAAUUUGACGACCGUAGCAGCGGAUAUGUAUGCGUCUGGAGCAUAAAAAAUCCGGUCAAUCCUGAAAGACGGUACAAGUUCUCUGUACCAGUGACGGCGGUCGCAUUCUCCAAACGUACACCACAGCUGCUAGCUAUUGGGCUAUACGAUGGAUCUGUUCAAAUUCAAGAUAUUACCGACAACUCACAGGCGCCCGUAGGCGUUUCGGAACGGCGAACAUCUCCAGGUUUUGAACCUAUUUGGGACAUCGAAUGGAUUGAGUCUGAUGCUGAAAAAGACGAGAUUCUCACGGCCUCUCAAGAUGGUACGAUUAUGAAGUAUACAUUGAAUAUUGGACAAUUUCUGAUUGGAUACCGCCAGCUAAGGUUGGAUCGAGUGGAAGGCGAAACGGAGGGCAUCAAAGUAGACAAGAAGAGGGAUUAUCUGGAAGCAGACCGUCAUCCACAGGCGUUAAGCCUCAAGAUUCACCCGAUCCGGAAAGAUAUUUAUUUUAUCGGGACGGACGAAGGCUGUGUUCACAAGUGUUCCAUCAACUAUCCCUAUCAGCAUUCUGGUGUGAUGCAGAUGCACAGUGGAGGUGUUUUCUGUAUCGAAUACUCACCGUGGAGUCCAAAAAUUUUCCUGACCUGCGGUGGGGACUGGUGCAUUCGCAUCUGGAUCGAAGAAAUAACUGAACCGAUCAUUACUCUGACGACUGGAUUUGGACCGAUCCAUGCCGCCUACUGGUCACCCGUUAAUUCGACAAUCAUCGUGAGUGUAACGAAGAAUUCCGUUCAAUUGUGGGACUUGAAAAGGCGUAUGCUGAAGCCAGCGUCCAGCACGGCUUUCGGGGACUCGACUACUUCUUUAACGAUAGUGAAGUUUUCGAACUGUGGCCGCAGUUUACUGGUAGGGGACAGCGAGGGUCGUACGCAUAUUUGCGCUCUCGAGGACAUGCCCUUUCCGCCGCACUUUCAGUACGAUGAACUGCAGUCGGCUCUGUAUAAAAAUUUAAUCUGCAAACCGGAACUUCUAAAUCAGGUCAAGCGGUUUGGAUACUUGGGCUAUUGA